AUGCGCAAUUUGGAGCUCCAUCACUACUGCUCAGGAGUUUCAUGGCGCCCGAUUGGCACACUUCUUUGCACUGUGGGAUGUUUGCUUGUUUCCAUCUUCAUUGCGUCCUCGGUGCAUGUAUGGACUGACGUAAGAGCCUUGGUAUACUUUUACAAUGUAACUGACUCGGAAUCUUGGAUGGAUUUUUCUCGGUCCAUGGCCAUCAUUUCUACAUCUUUUACAGCGGGACAUGCAGGUGUUAUGAGAUUUAGAGAAAACUCUACCUCCUUUAGCGAAGAGAAUAUCUCCUCUACACUUGGACAUGACGAUACACCAAUGGAUACAAAUGAAAUUAAAAAUAGCACUUCCGAACCGGUCGCCGUUGGUACGUUCUUUCAACGCCUACAAGGUAUAAGGUUUCCUUCUGGAUACUUUCCCUCUUUCUCUUCCUAUGACGUUUCCAAAAAGGUCUCUCUGUUGCGUGCAGAGUUUCCAACACCGCUGCUAGUGCCUCAGUUAGGUGGAACAGGAAAUCGAGGAAAACUCGCAGAGGAUCCACAGUUGGCGUCGCACUUUUCCAUCCUAUUAGACGAUUUGCUGUUUCGUUCAGUGUUCCCGCAGACUCAAAAUCCGUAUCCUGGGGUUGAACAGACCGCCCUUGCAAUUAACAUUGCAAGAUGGCUCACUUUUACCACCUUUGUGGGUGUGGCUAUUCUGGCCUUCGUAUUAUUAGGCUCUGUGCGUGAGCUGAUUCAUCUUUUGGUGAUGUCGAUGGUAGUGAUUUUGUUGCAAGCUGCCAUGACUCCUCUGACAGUCUUUCAAAACGAAAACCCUGCUUGUGUGCCAUUUUUCCCAGCUACCAGCGGCGAAUGGAUCAGCCGCACCCUGCGAGUGUCCCUCGGCGCAUCCGAGUGCUGCCACUCAUUCAUCUUUGCAGAAUCUUCUGCCUUGCUAAUGGUGCUGCUACUUUUCUUUUGUAAUCUUAAUUUCUCCAGCAAUUUGCUGCUAUUGAUUUUCGGACGUCUGCUAGUAUUCCUGAUCGCCGGAAUUGUUGCCUAUUGCUUGCUUUUUGCUCGUUCAAACUACCUGGUCGAUGUGGGUGUCGGGUCAAUGGUUGGCGGCCUGAUUUUCUGGCUCUACUACUCGACUCUUUCACUCUCGCGCCUGAUGCUGGAGAUGCAAAAGGCGGGAACGCACAUUUAUGCAGAAGAAGGAGGGUGCACAAAAAAGGUCGUAAAAUGGACACCCCUGGUUCCGAUCGACAGGCCUACGGCGUUGAUGCGUCUGGUUGCUUUUUUUGAUCGAGCUGGGUCUCCCAGACCUUCAGCUACGGAAGCAUAG